UACAUCCAUGAACUCAGUAGCGAAGAGGGUGGGGGGUGGGAUGCUUCAGUCUCAUGACUCCCCUGAAAAUGAGAGGGAAGUUCCAGGGCCCCACCUCAGGAGGCUGGACUUCCCCUCCCUCACCCUCGGAAAGGAUAUAAAAGUCUCCUCCCAGCUACUUACAGAAAAGAGGAGGUGAGAGGUCAGCUUGGGGACCUCCAGGUGAGAGGGGUGCAGGGGGCCCACCUGUGUGCAGGAUGUGGGUGUCGAUCCCUUGCCCCACUGCGGCCAGGGGCCUCACUGCAGAGAUGAAGCUGUUCCUGGCCCUGGCUGGGGUCCUAGCCACACUCAUCCUGGCCCCGCCAUGUGAGGGCACCGGCCCAGCCUCCCCCAUGACAGUGGAGACCUCGGUCCUUCGGGACUGCAUAACGGAGGCCAAGUUGCUGGUGGAUACUGCCUACAAUCAGACUCAGAGGAGCGUCAGGGAGCGCCUCCGCAGUGGCCUGGCCAGCCCCAUGGACCUCCUGUCCUACUUCAAACAACCGUUGGCAGCCACCCGGACAGUGGUCCGGGCUGCCGAUUAUAUGCAUGUGGCCUUGGAGCUGCUGGAGGGGAGGUUACAGCUCCAGGGAUCCAGUUCCUUCAAUGUCACUGAUGUGCUGACAGAGCCCCAGCUUCGGCUGCUGUCCCAGGCCAGUGGCUGUGCUCUCCAGGACCAGGAGGAGAAGUGCAGCAACAAGUACCGGACCAUCACUGGGAGAUGUAACAACAAGAGAAGACCCUUGCUGGGGGCCUCCAACCAGGCCCUAGCCCGCUGGCUGCCGGCUGAGUAUGAGGACAGGCUGUCCCUCCCCUACGGCUGGACGCCCAACAGGAGGCGCAAUGGUUUCCUCCUCCCUCUCGUCCGAGCUGUCUCCAACCAGAUUGUGCGCUUCCCCAGAGAGAGGCUGACCUCCGACCGGGGCAGGGCCCUUAUGUUCAUGCAGUGGGGCCAGUUCAUUGACCACGACUUGGACUUCUCCCCUGAGUCCCCAGCCAGAGUGGCCUUCACUGCGGGCGUGGACUGCGAGAAGACCUGCGAUCAGCUGCCCCCCUGCUUCCCUAUCAAGAUCCCGCCCAAUGACCCCCGCAUCAGGAACCAGCGUGACUGCAUCCCCUUCUUCCGCUCGGCACCCGCAUGCCCCCAAAACAGGAAUAAAAUCCGAAACCAGCUCAACGCGCUCACCUCCUUUGUGGACGCCAGCAUGGUGUAUGGCAGCGAGGUCUCCCUCUCCCUGCGGCUCCGCAACCAGACCACUCUCCUGGGGAUGCUGGCUGUCAACACCCGCUUCAGCGACAACGGCCGGGCCCUGCUGCCCUUUGACAACCUGCGUGACGACCCCUGCCUCCUCACCAACCGCACAGCGCGCAUCCCCUGCUUCCUGGCAGGUGACUCCCGAUCAUCGGAAACUCCCAAACUGGCGGCUAUGCAUACCCUCUUUAUGCGGGAACACAACCGGCUGGCUGCGGAGCUGAAACGUCUGAAUCCCCGGUGGACCGGAGAAAAGCUAUACCAGGAGGCCCGGAAGAUCGUGGGCGCCAUGGUCCAGAUCAUCACCUACCGAGACUUUCUGCCCCUGGUUCUGGGCAAGGCCCGGGCCAGGAGAACCCUAGGGCCCUACGGGGGGUAUUGCUCCAAUGUGGACCCUCGUGUGGCCAAUGUCUUCACCCUGGCCUUCCGCUUUGGCCACACCAUGCUCCAGCCCUUCAUGUUCCGCUUGGACAGCCAGUACCAGGCUUCAGCACCCAACUCGCGCGUCCCGCUUAGCACUAGCUUCUUUGCCACCUGGCGAAUCGUGCAUGAAGGUGGCAUCGACCCCAUCAUCCGAGGCCUCAUGGCUACCCCUGCCAAGCUGAACCGUCAGGAUUCCAUGUUAGUGGACGAGCUGCGGGACCGGCUCUUUCAGCAAGUGAGAAGGAUCGGGCUGGACCUGGCGGCUCUCAACAUGCAGCGCAGCCGGGACCACGGCCUCCCAGGGUACAAUGCCUGGAGGCGCUUCUGUGGGCUCUCCCAGCCCCAGAAUCUGGCACAGCUCAGCCAGGUGCUGCGAAACCAGGGUUUGGCGAGGAAGUUCCUGAAUCUGUACGGUACACCUAACAACAUUGACAUCUGGAUUGGGGCCAUCGCAGAGCCUCUUUUGCCAGGGGCCCGAGUGGGGCCUCUUCUGGCUUGUCUUUUUGAAAACCAGUUCAGGAGAGCCCGAAAUGGUGACAGGUUCUGGUGGGAAAAGCGGGGUGUCUUCACCAAGAGGCAGCGCGAGGCCCUGCGCCACAUUUCCUUGUCUCGGAUUGUGUGUGACAAUACCGGCAUUACCACCGUUUCGAGGGACAUCUUCAGGGCCAACACGUACCCGCAGGACUUCGUGAGCUGCACCCGCAUCCCCAGGCUGAGCCUGUCAGCCUGGCGAGGCAGAUGAGGCCUC